CUCUGGACAAGUGAGGAUGGAGAGCAGCUUGUACUGAAGCAGGAGACUGAUACCUUUAUGUUGACUCCUACUAAUGAGGAAAGUGAACAAAGUGAAGCAGAAGCAAACAGUGACCACCAGCUCCUCUCUUACUACUCUCCUUUAGCUGAGAGCCAAGAUCAGGAAGAAAGCAAGGAUGUAGACCCUGAACCAACUAGAAUUGUAGAAACACAGCCAAAGAAGAGACGUCACAGUGACAGUCUAUACAUCAGUCCCACAACAAAGAGUCAGUGUAACACUAAGAGAGGUGAAAAGUCUUUAAAAUGUGACACUUGUGGAAAAACGUUUAAGUAUAAGUCCCAAUUGAACGUACAUCUAAGAACCCACACAGGUGAGAAGCCGUACUCCUGCAACACCUGUGGGAAGAGAUUCAGUCAGAUAUCAACAUUAAAUGUUCAUUUAAGAAUCCACACUAAUGAGAAGCCAUAUCCUUGCAAAACCUGUGGGAAAGGUUUCAGAACUAGUACAGGUUUGUCACUUCACAUGAGAACCCACACAGGUGAGAGGCCGUACGUUUGCAACACUUGUGGAAAAGGUUUCAGGUGUAGUAGUGACUUGUUGGUCCACAUGAGAACUCACACAGGUGAGAAACCAUAUUCUUGUAAAAUAUGUGGUAGAGCUUUCAGGCGUAAUAGUGUCUUGAAACUUCACAUGAGUAUCCACACAGGUGAGAAGCCGUACCAUUGCAAGACCUGCGGGAAAAGAUUCUGUAGAAUCUCAUUAUUAAAAUGGCACAUGAGAAUCCACACAGGUGUGAAGCCAUAUUCUUGCAAAAUAUGCGGGACAAGUUUUUUAUGCAGUAGUGUCUUGAAAGUCCACAUGAGAACUCACACAGGUGAGAAGCCGUACACCUGCAAUACCUGUGGGAAAAAAUUCAGUCAGGGAUCAUCACUAAAUGUGCAUUUGAAAAUCCACACAGGUGAGAAGCCGUACCCCUGCGAAACCUGUGGGAAAAAAUUUAAAUUUAAGUCCAAAUUGAAAAUACAUCUGAGAAGCCACACUGGUGAGAAGCCGUACACCUGCAACACCUGUGAGAAAAGAUUCAGUCAUAAAUCAUCGAUGAUAAGUCAUGAAAGACUCCACACAGCUGUCAAGUCAUAUUCUUGUAAAAGAUGUAGCAAAAGUUUCCAUCUGAAAACAAGUUUGAAUGCUCAUUUGAGGACCCACGCAGGUGAAAAGCCAUUUUCUUAUAAAACAUGUGGGAAGGAUGUAAGAUCUCAUAAAAACUUGUUGGUCCACAUGGGAAUCCACACAGGUGAGAAGCCGUACCUUUGUAACACCUGUGGCAAAGGUUUCCGUCUGAAAGCAAGUUUGAAUGAUCAUUUGAGGAUCCACACAGGUGAAAAGCCCUAUUCUUGUGGGACUUGUGGGAAAGCUUUCAGAUUAAGUGGUGACUUGAAGGUCCAUGUGAGAAUCCACACAGGAGAGAAGCCGUACCUUUGUAACACUUGUGGCAAAAGUUUCCGUCUGAAAGCAAGUUUGAAUGAUCAUUUGAGGAUCCACACAGGUGAAAAGCCCUAUUCUUGUGGGACUUGUGGGAAAGCUUUCAGAUUAAGUGGUGACUUGAAGGUCCAUGUGAGAAUCCACACAGGAGAGAAGCCGUACCUUUGUAACACUUGUGGCAAAAGUUUCCGUCUGAAAGCAAGUUUGAAUGAUCAUUUGAGGAUCCACACAGGUGAAAAGCCCUAUUCUUGUGGGACUUGUGGGAAAGCUUUCAGAUUAAGUGGUGACUUGAAGGUCCAUGUGAGAAUCCACACAGGAGAGAAGCCGUACCUUUGUAACACUUGUGGCAAAAGUUUCCGUCUGAAAGCAAGUUUGAAUGAUCAUUUGAGGAUCCACACAGGUGAAAAGCCCUAUUCUUGUGGGACUUGUGGGAAAGCUUUCAGAUUAAGUGGUGACUUGAAGGUCCACACGAGAAUCCACACAGGUGAGAAGCCGUACUCCUGCAAGACCUGUGGGAAAAGUUUUCAGAGUGUGCCAACACUGAUUCAUCAUGCUAAACUCCACACAGAAGAAAGACCAUAUCCCUGCAAAACAUGUGCAAAAGGAUGCUUUACCUUGUCAAAUCUGAAAAAACAUAUGUUGAUCCACACAGGUGAAAAACCAUAUUCUUGUGAAACUUGUAGGAAAGCUUUCAGACAGAAGGGUGACUUGACAGUCCACAUGAGAAUCCACACAGGUGAGAAGCCGUUCUCUUGCAAGACUUGUGGGAAAACAUUCUCUCGGUCAACACACUUGCAAAGCCAUGUAAGAAUUCACAAAGAUUAAAAGUCAUAUACAUAGAGAACAUAUGGGACAACAAUGUUUUCAAGUUUUGUUGAGUUCAUUUUUGCUAAUUUUUCCUUCAUGUAUUACUCAUAUUUCUGUUUGCAGCUGCAUUUCUUUGAAAAAAUCUGUUCCACAUUGAGUGCAUAGUUGCGACACAUGUAGUUGAUUGGCCUCUUAAGUAAAUUUUUUUAUUUAUUUUUUUUAACCAUUUUGUACACGUGGACUUUGAACUCUGUCAUUUUGAAGCUAAGAACCUCUGUAUGUAUUUUGGUGGUAGUUUGGUGUUUUAGCGAGGACACACAAAUGUGCUGUAGAAAAUUUAUUUAUUUAAAAUAAACUGAGUUACUUUUGUCUAAGGAUUUUGAUGCUAAGAAUAUUCCCUGGUGCUGAACCUUGACACAAUCCUGUCUCUGGGCACAUCAGGAAGUUCCUUCCACCUUGCAGCAGUAUUUCUUUGAAGAAAGUGUAAUCUCUCAAAUCUCUGAAAAAUCUCAGUGAGCACAUAGUUUCUACAAAUUUAAAUGAUUGACCUCUUAAAUUGAUAUUGAUUUUUCACUAUUUUCAAUACUCCACCUUAGUUAUCAUAAGAGAUUGUGAAUUCUGAUGAUGAAGCUGAGAAACCCUUUAGUAGUCUUGGGUCAUUUGGAGUUUUCUUCUGUUCUGUAUCAUUUAUAUUUUUUAUAUUCUUUACUUGAAUCAACUUGAUAUAAUUUUUGUAUGUGAUAGAGGUGAGACUCAAACACAAGUUGU